AUGGCAGACUCUAGUAGAGUAUCGACCUUCCUGCCGACGAUAAAAUGUUCCAUGUGCCUCAGAGACAUCGAGAUCUCCCAGAUGGGAGAUCAUGUAUGCCAGACUCCUGCAAGUUCUGUUGAUCGUUCAGCAACGCCCCCGCCAGAUAAUACUGAUGGAAACCUGGAUCACGCGCCUUACAAGCAGAAUCCUACCAAUGGCCCAAGCUAUCUCAAGCCAGGACGGGCCAUGCCGCCUAUGGUUGAUGUUUCCGCUGCGAACCGUCCCUUCCUUCCGCAAGGCCAACAAUUAACCCCUGUGAGCCUGCCUCCGUCUCGAAGCAUGUCUCCCGUUACUCCCCAUGAGGGACCACGUACCCCCAACGAUAGAUCGCGGUCACCAUUUGGGAGACCAAUUCGGAGUGCAACUGCCCCUAUACGGAGCCCCCCAUCUCCUGAGUACAUGUCAUCAAAUCUGGACAAUCCGUUCCCCCCAUUUCCAACGUCAAGGUCAGCCGCAAAAAGUCAACCUCAACAGGGUAGUGGGUACGGUAGUCUUGGAACAUCACCUGGAAGAGCGGAUCACAUGUACGCCCCGGUUAGCCCGAGAACCGCAAGUAGUGGUGGACUUUUAAAGAGAGUGGACCAGAUUAUCCCCGGGCCUUUUGAUGUCAAUAGUCGCAAGGCGGACGACGCUGCAUCUGAUAGGGGACAUCUCAGACAACGUAGUAUGAAGGAUUCGGCAAUGUCCCUGAGGAUAGCAGAUGCUCCCGACCCUAUGCCACGACCGUCUACAGCAUCUGGUGACGCACCUGGACACUCUCGGACGUUUACCGAUAGCUCGCACGGCUCUAAGUCACAAAUACCCAAGGUUCCAAGGAAGAAUGGCUACGGCGGCUUCGGGCCACCAGCAGGCAAUGAUGACCCUGGAAGUGAGCAUCCUCCCCACCUGGAAGUGAGGUCGCAAACCUUUCCCCUUCAAAAUGAAAGUCAAGAACCAUUGUAUAGGAGGCCGUCAGAGCCUGGUCCAGAAAUGCGCAGACCUUCGACUUCAAAUGGGCCUAACGAAAGGAGACCUAGCGUGAAUGAAAGGGCAAUGGGUAGUUCUCCGGACGGUCGUCGAAGACCAUCGAUGGGUGGACCAGAUUUAACAAGGCCUCUUCCACCACGUGGUACGAGCUUGCUGAGACCAAGACUUGAUGCGAAACCCGGCGAGGUACCCCCUCUCCCAUCCCACGUAAACCUUGCAGCGGAAUUUGGAGUUGGAAAUCCGUAUCACACGCCCACGGAAUCACAGUCUUCGAAUACGUCCGGCUCUAGCCAGGGUAGCAAAGCGAGUUCACGGUCGAGUCCACUAUCAAGCGUUCCUGAUCGGUCGCCCUGGAACGGUUCCGACUCUGCUAAGAUGGACAGUCUCAUGUCUGAGGUAGAGUCAUCGAUUACGGAUCUCCAGCUAGGAGAGCUAAGCUCGAGUCCGUCACCUCCAAGGAAAAUGGAACAAUUUGCACGGCCGCUGGCAAGAACUCUCGAGCCCGCACUUUUCCCUCCAGAGUCGCCUAUAGAUCCUGCAAUCCAUGAAGGAGUCGUCUCGCCAAUCCCAUCACGCAACCCAGCUCGCUCCCAAGCUCCUCUUGAUCUGGACCGCAGACCUACCCCCCGCCGACGCACAACAUCGAAAGGUGAUUGCAAAGGCUGUGGUAAACCUAUCACAGGCAAAUCUGUUUCGUCGGCUGAUGGGCGUCUCACUGGACGGUACCACAAGGAGUGUUUUGUCUGCAACACCUGCUCUCAACCCUUCCAGACUGCGACAUUUUACGUGCUUGACGAUGCACCAUAUUGCGAGCGCCACUACCACACGUUGAAUGGAAGUCUCUGCACAACCUGCGAUAAAGGCAUCGAAGGGCAAUACCUGGAGAGCGAGAGUAAGCAGAAAUUUCAUCCUGCGUGCUUGACUUGUUCAGACUGCAAGCGGAAUUUGCGCCAUGGGUAUUUCGAGAUGAACGGGCGAGUCUACUGCGAGCGGGAUGCAUUCAGGCGGGCUCAACAGGGGCGAUUCUUGGGACCCGGUGGUUCAGCAAGCAAUCGCAUGGAGCGGAGGACGACCAGACUGAUGAUGAUGUGA